AUGAACUGGUGGAUGGCUUCGCUGGAUGAAGAAUCCUGCAAGAAGUUCAAUGUUGCCGCCCGAUGGGCACUUAGACAAUAUGGUGUGGUCAGGGCUCGUUGUGAAGAAUUCGAUCCCCAGGAUCUUGAAGGGACCAAGGAAGAAGCCAUGACCGAUCCUGACACCGGCGACAAAGUGAUUCGGGUUGCUGCAGACCCUUUUGCUGGCCUCAAGAAACUCAUGACUGCCUUGGAGGCCACGGUUGGGAAGACAGCUUUGGAUAGAAAGGGAGAACUCCGAUCCCUUUACUAUCAAGAAAUCAAACGCAGCCCUGGAGAGAGAAUCUCAGCAUUUUGCACGAGAUUCCGGACCCUUGCAGCUGAGCUCAAGCGGGAAGGCAUAGUGAUGCCGGAGGAGGAGUUAGGCUGGAUGUUGAAAGAACGUUUGGGACUGGAUGCAAUCAGGAAGCAGUUGCUGGAGACAGCAUUGGCAGGUCGGGAGAACUAUGAUGUGGUCGAAUCAGAAUGCCUUCGUCUGUUUCGAGAUUUGCACUCCUCCGACCCUUUGAACAAGAGCCGACCUUUUGACAAGGCACCACUACUCCAGCGUUUCCUACAGUCUCAUGACAGACACAGCUCCUCUUCGUCCUACAGGCCUUCGACUACAGCCAGCUCGACGGCUCCCUCUUCUCGCUCCUUCCGGACUCAGAGCUCUGGUUCCAGCCGGCCACCUUUCAAGCGUUUUGGCCAGCAGCCUCAACCUCGACAAGCCUUGAUUGCCGAGGCCCCUGAAGAGGAAGGCCAGAUGGAGGCGGAAGGUUACUCUCCUGAGAACCCGACGAUCGAAGAAGUCCUCCAGACCGAAGCUGAGCUUCUUGCCCAAGAGCUGCAGGAGCUCGAGACUGAAGGUUGCGACCCUCGAGUGCUUGAAGAUUUGGAGAGCGGCAUGGAACAGGCCGCAGAGAGUCUGUUGACAAUGCGUGAAGCACGCACCAAAAUAGCUGAGGUCAAGAAAGACCGUGGAUAUGGAAAGCCUGGCCAACCGGCUCCUCGUUCGACGAAGCCCCAUGGCAAUCAAGCCCCUGGUGCUGGCCUGGCUCGACCCAAAGGAAAGCCUAAGAGCCAGAUGACGAAGCAGGUUCGUGUCACCGAGACCCUGAACACUGAACAUGUGGCUCCUGAAGAACCUGAUGACAUGGGCCACGAGGUCAUGACAGCCACUUCGCCCUUCCACUCCAGCCUCGCCAAUGGCCUCGUCCGGACUCCCAACGCUGGCGGAAACUUGGACAAGACGGCAUAG